CCACCAACGGUGACGUGUUGGGGGGUGUGGCUGCCCGGUGGGAUUGAGAGGAAGAGAGGAGAGGGACCCGGGGAAGAAAAAAAAACGCAUCAUCACGGACGCUCACUCAAGGCAAAGCCGCUCGACAUAUUCGGAACGACCACCGUCAAGAUCAAGACCCCCUUAUCAUUGCCUCAACAUGGAGGGCAAAUUCGAUGACGAGUUUCAAGUGGCCGCCGACUGGCUGAUGUCCAAGACGUCCUCCCGGCCCACCGUGGGCAUCGUGUGCGGUUCGGGUUUGGGCGGCCUGGCCGAAAUACUCAAGGAGCGGCAGGUCUUCAAGUACGCGGACAUCCCCAACUUCCCGCGAAGCACAGUGCAUGGUCACGCCGGUCAGCUGGUUUUUGGAACGGUAAAGGGAAGGGCAUGCGUUUGCAUGCAGGGCAGGUUCCACCUGUAUGAGGGAUACCCUGUGCAGAAGGUGGCGCUGCCCAUGCGCGUAUUGAAGCUGCUCGGCGUGGAGGCGGUGAUUCUGACCAACGCGGCCGGCGGCCUCAACCAGGACUACAAGGUGGGCGACGUCAUGAUCAUCAAAGACCACAUCAACAUGCCGGGCUUCGCCGGAGUCAACCCACUGGUGGGACCCAACCACGACAGGUUUGGUGUGCGCUUCCCCUGCAUGUCUGACGCCUACGACCGCGAGCUGCGCAAGUUAGCGCACGACGUGGCGGCUGAGCUGGACUUCGGCGACUUUGUGCGGGAGGGGGUCUACUGCGUCCUGGGGGGGCCCUCCUUCGAGACCGUCGCCGAGUGCCGCAUGAUGCACAAGCUCGGGGCCGACGCUGUGGGCAUGAGCACGGUGCAUGAGGUGAUCACGGUGCGCCACGCCGGCAUGCGCUGCUUGGCCAUGUCGCUCAUCACCAACCGGGCAGUCAUGGACUACGAGAGCCAGGCCAAGGCCAACCACGAGGAGGUCCUGGAGACGGGCCGCCAGCGGGCCGCGCAGCUGGAGCGCCUGGUCAGCACGCUGGUGGGCCGGCUGGAGCUGUGCCACAACAAGUCGUCGUGAAGACACACCUUUUUGGCUUCUAAAUAUCCAUUUGGAGUAUUUUUCUAUAUACAAAAAAAAACCGUAUCCUGGUGAACAUUUCCAUUAGUCCCAACAAAGUGGCUAAGUAGCAUCCCCUGGGAAUUCAACCACCAAUGCCAGUUGCACUUAAGAAUGUGAAAUUUAAUAGCAGUGUCUAUAAUGAGUAGACCCUCAAAAAAAAAAGUCUCAAGAACCCUUCCCUGAAAAGGCACAAGCAUCGUGCCAGUUUGCUUUGAAACGAACAUUUUGAGGCAUACCCAAGGGCCUUAAAAGAAAAAAAAGUCAAGCACCCAUGCCCGAAAAGACACACCAAGUGCAUCAUUUUGGUUUAAGGCGACCAUUUCGGGGUCAUUGCUACUAAAUGGGAACAAAAUAUACUAUAAUACAGAUGGGUGACAUUAAAUUACAAAUAGUUUUCAUCAUUGUGUGUGGGUGCCACAUGGCGGCGAAGUUUGAUAAUUUGUCAUAAGACAAAACACUAAGUCAAGCAUAACUAUUCCUUGAAAAUUCAGCCCCAAUUCAGUUUCCCUUAGCAAUAUGAAAUUUGGUAGACAUGUCUGUCAUUGGUAGACAACAAAAUAAUCUAAAAAGCACACACACACACAGGAAGUCUUGCAAUUUUGGUUCAAAGCCACAGGGUGAUUUUGGCCAUUUCCAUGAGUACCUCAAAAACAAGCCCAUUAGGAAAUUUUGUCCCAUUACUAAUAAUUUAUUAGUAAUACUAAGUAAGUGGAUGCCCUGACUUGCCAAUUGAGUUUUUGUCAUUGCGUGUGAGCAGAGCAUGUCGGCAAAGGUUGCUGUUUCUAGUUUAUUACGCUGUUUAGCAUACAGGAUUACGCCACACACACGGCUGUUGGUGAGUAUUGAUGCAACAAUCAACACUCCAGAGUAAUGCUCUACCUCCUGCUGUGUAAUGCCUCACUGAAAAAAAAAGCCAUUGUUCUUGAAAUGCUCAUACAGUACUUACAAGCACUCACUCCAUGGGGGGGGGGGGGGGGGGGGGGGUAGAAGUGUUAAGCUAUAUCUAUAGAUAAUAAUAGUAAUAAUGUGUAGUGUGUGGAUGGACCAAAACUGGGAAUAAAGUAUCACUGUCUUAACUGCUGACCCGGUUGAUGAACUACCUUUGCAAUAAAGUAACUUGUUAGGGUUA